GUCAACGUGGGUGGAAAUCUGUCCUGUUUCGAAUUGCUUUUACAAUAAGCAAUAUACUUCAUUAUACAUAAAAUGAAAUUAUAUACACAUGCGAUUUUUUUUCCAUCCGUGUAGAAAAUAAAUAGCGACGGAUGCUUGUUAAAAACUUGGUAUCGACUGGCAGGUCUAAUCGAAGGGUUCAGAAUUUUGGCGCUAUUAUUGUUGCCGGACAUCAGAUCAGCUGACAGAUGCAAAAGAGGUAGCCAACGACAAAGCAAGCAUUUGACACCCUUUCUUAGUCUCGAGUUUGUGUCAAAAUCAAUGUAUGUCGUGAAAACAUGAAUGAUUUAGAAUCUAGGUCGCACGCACAUUUUAAGUCAUUCUGAUCAGUUAGUAGUUAGUUAGAUUGGCUGGCUACAGUUGGCUGUAAAGGCUACGUCGAACAGAAUGGUGGACAAAAAGCAUGUUUUCCAAAUGUCUGGAAUGGAUAUACCCCAGAAGAAAGGCAAACUAAUCAUUGGAAUCCAGAAACUGGGUGGAAAGUACAUUGGUGGAUCUGUCUAUAAACAAGGCAUCAUCACCCAUCUAAUAGUCACUGACGCACUCGCCAGUGAGAAGUUCCUGGCUGCUUGUGCAGAAGGCAUCUGGAUAGUGACCCCAGAGUAUGUGUUGGAGAGUGUGAAGAAGGGUUCAUGGCUGCCGGAGGAGCCCUAUGAGCUGGAUGUUGUCUCCUGGACCCCCGGGGCCUCAAACCCGGUCCGAAUGUGGCGGGAGAAGGUGGCCAGUGGGACCUCAGCUGGGGCAUUUGAUGGGUGGAGUGUUCUCCUAAUGAUUGAUGAACCAGAUCGCAGAGGCAAGUUUAAGAGAAUCCUGGAAUCGGGGAAGGCCUGUGUGUACACACAUCCUCCUCUGCCUCACACCAUCAUCACACACGUGUUGGCCAAGCAAGUUUCAGAACAUGCCAAGUUUAACAGCGCACCAUGUUACCCGUUAACUCACGUAGCCCAGCAUCUGUUUGGGGACCCAUGUUCAGAUAUGGAUUCACCCUUGACAGAAGAAGAUCCUGCCCUGGAGUCAGAAGGGAACAUUGCUGAAGUGUCUUCCGAGCUGGAGAUGGCCCUUAAGGACUACAUUUUUAAAUUGGAGCGAAGGAAAAGACUAGUCUUCCCAGAGUUCCUAAACUACCACCACCCCACGCCCCACUCACAGGCCGUGGCGGCGGACUUCAGUAACGUGAGGAGUCUGACAGAGUGCGGGUUCUUCACGCAGGCCUUAGAGGAGAUCCAGAGCUCCGUGUUUCCUGGUCGUCUCCCUCCGGCGCUGCUCCUCACCUCUCUGAUGCAGCACGCUCUGCAGGGGGAGGCUACACCUUACUUCCUCUGCACCUUCUGGAACGUUCUCCACAAACUCCUGAGGAACAAUCCUUCCUGGGGCUCGGCCACCAACACCAAGUACUUCAGCCAGCUGCUGCAGUGUCCCCAGUGUAAGAGAGGGCUCUGGGCCAUGGUGGACUCAUCCCUGAGGUACAGCAUGUCCGGUGAGGCCACCUGUCACUCACUCCCCAGCCCCGCCUCCCCUGAGUUGCUGGGCUUUCAUGGCAACCUGCAGGCGUUUGUGCUGAAGUUGUUCCAGUGUGAACUUUCCUCUGCUAACACAAGAGAGUCAGGAGGCCAGCGCUCCUCAGUGCUCUAUGGAAGCUUCUGGAAUGUGUGGGAGCGUUCCACACUGGGCUCGCGGUCGGUCAAGCAGCUAGCCCAGUUUCUGGUUCAGGCGUCCGUGUGGGAGCUGUCCGCCAGCCAGGAGGACUCCCUGGAGUGGGACAGGAGGCAGAAGUUGGUGCUGGGCCUCCAGGACAUGCUGUCAGCCGUGGUGGAGUACUGGUGCGGGGAGCACUACAAGCUCAACCGCUGCCUGAUGGAGAAGGGCCUGGAUGACCUGGCCGAACACAUCGCCAUCCUCUGCCAGGACCUGUCACCUGACGUCCUCACGGCGCUCGUUCCCAGGAUGCCCUCCAGCAGGCUGAAGAUGCUCGCUGCUGACGCCAUCUUCCGGAACGUCUGCUGUAGGCACGGGCUACCCCUGGGUGUGGAGCCCCUCUCUCUGAGGAAAGUGGUGUCUUCCUACCUGCCUGCUCUGAGGAAGUUGUGUAGGAACAGGCCAGGUGGUCCCAGGGCCCCCAGGACAGACGGCAGGGGCCCGCGGCCCGGGUCUGAACCCCCCGCACACAGCUGCAGCAACCAGGGCUCCACACCAGGAAUGCCGAGCGGUCCUGCUAAUGGAUCAGGCCUGGGUAAGGAGAACAUCCCUAGAGGUCUGAAGAAAGUCAAUGCUGCAGGGGAGACCCUCCUCCACAGAGCCUGCAAGAUGAACCAGGUGAAGACCGUUCUUCAGAUACUGUCUCUUCCUGGGACAGACGUCAACAUUGAAGACCAUGCCGGUUGGACCCCCCUACACGAAGCCUGUAACCAUGGCAGCACCGCAUGCGUGGAGGCCCUGUUGAACCAUUUCCCCAGCCCUCACCUCAACAGCCAGGUGGGCGGAGUCAGCCCGCUGCACGACGCGCUGCUCAACGGACACGUGGACAUCGCCAAGAUGCUCCUGCAGCACGCAGGCUCCACCCUGCUACAGCAGAGAGACAGACACGGGUGCACCGCCCUGGACCUGGUCCCCAUAGCAACGCUGAGGGAGGAGCUGCAACGCAGCGCCGAGGCAGGAGAUUGCGCCCUGGAGGAGCUGGGGUCGGAGGUCAGGGACCUGGCCUUCCUGGAGGCCUGCACCUGCCUGUUGAGCUGCCUGCUGGGCUGCUACCACCUGGAGAGGGGGGUGCCCAUGCUGCUGCCCCAGGCCCAACACCAGGCUCCAUCCCUGGGCUACAGACUGGCCCAGGCCCUGGAAACCUACUCCCUCCAGACGCUGACAUCCAGCUGGGCAGACCCUCGGCUGGUUUGCGUGGUAGAGGACGUGGAGACGAUCCUGGGGGUGGAGAAGGAGGUGGCAGGGGUGUGCCAGGCGGUGAGGGAGUGCCAGGGGGCACACACCCGCUUCCUCAUGGGCCUGCUGGAGGAACUGAAGGCUGAAAGACACACUUACACACAGACACACUCCUGAAUCCCCUGCUCCAUAAUCAUGAGGCAUUUGAAUCUUUCCAAAAGAGCUGACAUCUUUAUUUUUUGUUGGACCGUAACCACUGGGAAAUUGUCACGAUUCUCACAGACUUGAAACUGUUCAUGUUUACAACCAAUUCAAAUAA